AUGUCGUCUUCCACUGCCCCACGAUCCCAUUUUAGCUUCUCAGGGAACGCUACCGGCGUGGUUUUCCAAAAUGCCACGAUCCGCCAGACAAUCUUUGUCACACAGUCGGCCCCCAAAAUCCGUCUCGUCAUCUCGAACGCUUUUGGCGGCUCAGACCUGCCCAUCACAGCAGCCACCAUCGCGGUGCCCCUGAACGGCUCGGCCGGGACCUCUGCCAUUAAGCCAGAGUCCCUGGUACCGCUCACGUUCUCCGGCGGCCUGCCAAAUUUCACCAUUCCCAACGGCGCACGCGUGAUCUCAGACCCCAUCGACUAUCCAGUAACCUCACAGCAGAUUUUGACCAUCUCGCUGUACCUGUCAACAGGACAGACUACCAACAGCAUCACGGGCCACCCAGGCAGCCGGACGACAUCCUUCUACGCGCCGGGCAACCAGACUGGCGCAGGGGACCUGUCGACCGACUCAGCGACCCAGAGCAGCGCACACUGGUACUUCAUCUCGGCGGUGGAGGCGUACGUGCCGACGUCGACGAGCUCGGGGGCGCUCGCGAUCGUGGGCGACAGCAUCACGGACGGCCGCGGCAGCACGACGGACCGCAACGACCGGUGGCCGGACAACCUGGUGCGGCGGCUGCAGGCGGGCAACGCGACGGCGCUGCAGCGGGGGCUGGCGGUCGUCAACGAGGCGGCGGGCGGCAACCGCGUGCUGAACGACGGGCUGGGGCCCAACGCGCUGGGGCGCAUCGACAGGGACGUGCUCGCGCAGUCGGGCGUGCGCUACGUGCUGCUGUUCGAGGGCGUCAACGACAUCGGCACCGCGGCCGCGACAUCCGCUGCGCAGGCGGCCAUCGGCGACAGGCUCCUCGCGGCGUACGCGCAGGUCAUCGGCCUGGCGCACGCCAAGGGCUUGCCUGUCUUCGGGGCGACCAUCACACCGUUCAGUGGGAACAGCUCCGUGCAGGCGUACAGCGACCCGACGAGGGAGGUGACGAGGCAGAGGGUGAAUGAGUGGAUCAGGACCUCGGGCCGGUUCGACGGGGUGGUGGACUUUGACGCCGCUGUGAGGGACCCUGCGAACGAGACGAUGCUGAACCCGUUGUAUGACAGUGGGGACUAUCUGCACCUGAACCCGGCUGGGUACGUGGUCAUGGCCCAGGCGGUGGAUCUGAGCCUAUUCGAGAAGUUCAAGGACGGUGUUGAUGAGUAA